AUGAAACAUCUCCUCAAGCUGCACGACGAAGGGAAGUACCUGGACUGGCUUCUCUGCAACCUGAAACUGCAGGUUUGCAAUCGUCCAACAGAGUGCAAGUAUAUGGAAGAAUACUGCAAUACUUCUAGACGCAGCGACCAUGACUUUGCGUUCAGAGCAAGAAGAGUCAGCAGGGUGUGUCAUACGUACCAGCUAACCUUGGCGGAUCACAAGAGGCGCUUCAACAAGCGCAACUUAAGCUGCGAACAAUUACCCGUGUUCUACAACAACCGAGAAUGUUCCUUCAUCAUCGACUCCACAAAGAAAGUUGGCUACUGCUACAUCUGCAAAGUUGCAUCCACCACAGUCAAGGCCAUCUUCGGUCAACUGCUCAACAUCAGUCACAUGGGAAACACACUUGACAGUAUACACACUGCCUUUCAUGAGCAUGUCCGCACAGUCUCACCAAUGACGUUUCUACAGAGGAGCAGCCAGGAGAGCUACAGAACCGCCAUGUUCGUGAGGCACCCCUUCGAGAGGCUAGUUUCAGCUUACGUGGACAAGGUGCUAGGCCCGCGUGCUGAAAAUGUCUACUUUUAUGAGCACUACUGGAACGACAUGCCUGGCGUCAGGAACACGGGCCGGAACGUGACCUUCCCGGAGUUCAUCGAUUAUAUAUUGAAUCAGACAGUGAACCAGAUGAACGCUCAUUGGACUCCGUACUACGUGACGUGUCAGCCUUGUGCCGUCAAGUACGAGUUCGUCGGAAAGCUGGAGACAGGAAACAGGGACUUCGCGCUUUUCUUUGAAACGCUGGGUUUACGGCUCGAGGACAUUCCGCAGCAAAACAAGGGUAGCGACCACGGGUUCCGCAAAUCUGCCCGAGAGUUUUUUAAGGAGCUCACUUUCGAUCAGGUGAUGCGUCUAUAUGACCGGUUCUUCUUCGAUUUCGAGAUGUUCGGGUACGACUUCAGGGACUAUCUGCACUGAAAUUGCACGCGAAACCGAAGGAUAAGGCCAACUUCGAAGAGGGUUUUUCACAGCCGGUGCUUCAACGAAUCUGCAGUCGA